AUGGCAGAGUCCACAGAGCAUGAAAAGUCCACUGUGGAGCAUGGAAGUGCUGCUGCAGCACCAGUGCAUGCUGACGAGGUCGUCACUGCCGACUGGAGAGUAGAGGCUGCUGUCAAAGACAGAUGGCACUCCAUCAAAGCGAACCCAAAGAUUCUGUUCAUCGCCCUCUUCGCUUCGUUUGGAGGUUUUGAGUAUGGCUAUCAGCAGGGCAUUCUUUCCCAGUCCCUUGUCAUGACUCGGUUCACGGGGAACUUCCCCUCGGUCGUGGAAUCAUCGACUGCUCAAGGUUGGCUGACAUCUGUGCUUCAGCUUGGCGGUAUCAUUGGCUCCUUGAGUGCAGGGCUUCUGGGAGAGAUGUUCUCGCGCAAGUAUACUAUGUUCAGUGCCUGCUGUUGGGUGAUCCUGGGGUCAUAUCUGUACGUUGGCGCUACGGCUGGCAACCCAGCGCUACUGUACGCAGGGAGAUUUUUCACUGGGCUAGGUGUAGGGACGUUCUCUGGUGUGGGGCCCCUCUACAACGCUGAGAUUUCUGCUCCAGAGACGAGAGGGUUUAUCGUCUCCUUCUAUCAGCUUGCAACGAUAUUGGGCAUCUUCCUGAGUUUUUGGAUCGGCUACGGAAGUAACUAUAUCGGAGGCAUAGGGGAAACCCAAUCAGAUCUAGCGUGGCGCCUACCAUCCAUUAUCCAGGGCAUUCCGUCCGUGCUCCUCGCCGUAGGAAUAUGGUGGAUGCCUUUUUCGCCGCGUUGGCUUGUCAAGGUUGGACGCCAUGAGGAAGCGAAAGAAACACUCGCCUGGCUUAGGAAGAGGGAAAUAAACGACCCACUUGUUCAUGCUGAAUUUCUGGAGAUUCAGGCGGAAGCGUUGUUUGAGGACAGGGUUUUCCGCAAGAGCUUUCCGAAGCUGGCAUCCAAGGAACAGCAGAGUAUUUUUAUGAGGGAGAUCUCGGGUUACGUUCACCUAUUUAGAACGUGGGACAACUUCAAGAGAGUCAGCACUGCUUGGCUCGUGAUGUUUUGGCAACAGUGGAGUGGCAUAGAUGCCAUCAUUUACUACGCGUCGAAUGUUUUCCAGAGCUACGGGUUUUCUGAAGGCACUAUUGCUCUCCUGGCAACUGGUGUCACGGGCAGCGUUUUCUUGGUUAGCACACUGCCUGCUAUGUUCUUGAUUGAUAAACUGGGGCGCAAGCCUAUGCUACUAAGCGGUUCAGUGGUCAUGUUCCUCUGCAUGGUCACGGUGGGAAUCAUUGUAGCCAAAUUUCGUCAUGACUGGCCCAACCACACAGAUGCGGGUUGGGCAGCUGUCGUUCUAAUCUGGAUCUAUAUCGGUGCUUUUGGCUUUGGAUGGGGCCCUGCGUCGUGGGUCCUCGUAUCUGAAGUAUUCCCACUGUCUAUCCGCGCUCGUGGAGCCUCCAUCGGAGCUAGCUCCAACUGGAUCAACAACUUUGCGAUUGCGUUCAUGGUACCGCCAAUGUUCGAGGCAUGGGCCUGGGGAACGUACAUCUUCUUUGCCGCAUUCCUGUUUGUCGGGUUCUUCUGGGUUUGGUUUAUCCUGCCGGAGACGAAGAACGCCACACUCGAAGAAAUGGAUAGAGUGUUCAAGAGUCAUACUGGUGCGGAGGACGCAAGGAUGUUGGCAGAAGCUCAAAGAGACGUCGGUCUGCUAGACUUUAUGAGGAGCGAAGGAGAGAUCCGCAAAAACCAAAAGGUAUGA